AGCGCGCACGCGCGGGUCUCGCGAGAGCAGUAGAGGGCGGAAGCACAGUUAUUGCAGGAUGCGGUUCCUGGUUGCGUUGAUCCUGCUGAGCGUCGUAGUGGCGGUAGACCUACCGCUAGAAAACUCUAGCCAGUCGCAGCCUCAGGCCACGGGAGACGGCUCUAGCAAGGGGAAGUCCCAGGUGCAGUCCACAGAAGAUGACUCUAACAAGGAGAAGCCCCAGCUACAGUCCACGGGAGAUAACUCUAACAAGGAGAAGUCUCAAGUGCAGUCCUCGGGAGACGGCUCUAGCAAGGUGGAUCCCCAGCCACAGUCCACGGGAGACGGCUCUCGCAAGGUGGAUCCCCAGCCACAGUCCAAGGGAGAUGGCUCUAGCAAGGUGAAUACUCAGCCACAGUCCACGGGAGAUGGCUCUAGCAAGCUGAAUACCCAGCCACAGUCCGCAGGGGAUGGUUCUAGCAAAGUGAAUACCCAGCCACAGUCCACAGGAGACAGCUCUCGCAAGGUGAAUACCCAGCCGCAGUCCACGGGAGACGGCUCUAGCAAGGUUGAUCCCCAGCCACAGUCCUCAGGAGAGGGCUCUAGCAAGGUGAAUACCCAGCCACAGUCCUCAGGAGACGGCUCUAGCAAGGUGAAUACCCAGCCACAGUCCACAGGAGACAGCUCUGGCAAGGUGAAUACCCAGCCGCAGUCCUCCGGAGAUGGCUCUCGCAAGGUGAAUACCCAGCCACAGUCCACGCAAGAUGGCUCUAGCAAGCAGGAGAGAGAAGGUAAGUCUUCAGAGCUUACAGAAGAUGUGGAGCCCAAGAAGGCUGAGGAAGGCGAUACAGAGCCUGAAGGUUCACUGCCCCAAGAAGAGAAAGGGAUGCCCGGCCUUGCCUCCAGUGAGAACCGUGAAGGAACACUUUUGGAUUCCAUGGGUAGGGAGAAUGAUGACCUUUAUAAAGACAGUCUUGGAAGUGCCAGUGCAGAGAGCAGCCACUUCUUUGCAUAUCUGGUGACUGCAGCCAUACUUGUUGCUGUCCUCUAUAUUGCCUAUCACAACAAGCGGAAGAUUAUUGCUUUUGUGCUAGAAGGAAAAAGAUCUAAAGUUACUCGACGGCCAAAGGCCAGUGAUUACCAGCGUUUGGACCAGAAGAUUUGAUUUCUCUGUUCUUGAGAACUUUGUCCUCCCUGCUGAUUUGUUUUUAAAUCAAGAGAAAUGAAGAAAAAAAAGUACUGUGACCUAAGAGACACCCCCUCCUCUAGGGUUUGGUGGCAAAUCUGGCCUGGCAGAGGCGGGGGGUAUUGCUUAGCUUUUUGCACCUGCACUUUGGUGACCUUGUACUCCUGUGUCCCCAUCACCUAUGCUGGUGUCUUCCAUCCUUUCCUCCUCUGAGUGUGAGUAGAGGGAGCAUGUGGGAAGCCAGCUAUGACCAAAGGGAGACCUCAGCCCCAGGCAGGCUACUGCUGCUGACUGCCUUCCCUUGGGCCUUGGCCCUUUCGUAGUUGCCCCUUGAAAACAGCAUUGCACCCACCACAAGUUAUCUUUGCAGACCUAGGAGAAAACUAGGUUGAAAAGUCAACCUAGGAGAAAACUCACCUGCAGGUUGAGGUGCUUCUAUACCAAGGCCUCAUCUGGAGGGAUGUGCCCUACAAAAGAUGUAGAAGGUGAAUGCUGACGGGCAAAGGGCUACUUUGAAUACGUAAUUCUCUUCAAAGGCUUCAGCAGCAAACCAAAACAGCUUUUAAAAAGUGCUUUAUUGCCUGCAGUCCAACCUGUCUAGUGUAAGUUCUUCACAUUUUCCUGAUAUUUUCGUAUUACUUAAGACAAAGUGUGUCAACUUCCAUUUGGUUGUACUGAGCAUAAACUGAACUUGGGGAUUCUGGAAGUAAAGCUGUAAAGCCACGGUUCCCGUCACAGAUUUUUAAAAAUAUAGUUAUGAUUAUUGAAAACACUGUGUUUGGCUAUACUCAUAAUUGUAACAGGAACUUUUUAAAAUAGGGUGAGCUCAUACUUUGCAGCAGAAAAUGUGCAGGAGGGUUUGGUUUUGAUCUGCAUUAUUUUCCUAGGGUUUUAUGAAAGGUUUCCCAUAAACUCUGUUUGACAUUUGUUGCCUAAAAUAGACAAAUUAGACUUGUAGUCAGAAACUAACUGUACUGUCUCUUUUACCUUAAUCUAGUUAAUGGUUCUCUAUCUGAUAUAGGAUGUCAAGGGUAAUUAGUAAAAACUCUCCUUCCAUUCCAUGUCAGAGGUUGUUAAAACUUAAGAAAUUCAGAGAGUUCCCCUGGGGUAACUGAGGGUAGUGUUUUGGAUCAUGCUGUGGUUUGAAGUUUUACUUAAGUCCGUUCUAGCUGUGCUACCUAUUAUAGAGAGCCUAGAGAGAGUUGUUCUGCAGAGAAAAAAUGGAAUUAGAAUAGCUGAUUUCAGGGAAAUACAAAGAAUGUGGGAAGUGAGGGGUGGGAUGAAUUCUGUGCUGCUGAAGUCAUUCUGCAGAAAGGACCAUCCUGUUGGCACAUUACCUUGCACCUCACUUAAAACAGCAUGGCUUUGAGUUGAGAUUUAUGGAGACAAGGAAUAAAUGAAUGCUCUCGGCAUCAUGCCCUCUUCCUGUGCAUCAGUCUUAUAACACUUUCCUCUGAGGAAUUUUCUGUCCGGCUCUCCUAGCAUUCUAUAAAACCACAGUUCCCCUUUGCCUACCUUUCCUUCUCCCCUCUGUUUUCUGUUUCUCCGUCUACACUAGCACCUUACCUUUAUGCAUGCCCAGAUUUCCCGUUCCCAUCCAUCCUGUUUGUUACUCCUUCCCUUCGUAACCUUUGUACACUCAUGUCAGUCCCUGUCUUCCUACUAGUAGUCUUUUUCCUGAGGUUCAGAUUGCCAAAGGUAAUGGCUUAUUCUCAAAGCUUAGUCUUGUUCUGGAUAGAACUGAACAUUAUUGACCAUCCAAAUUGAAAUUCCCCCCUUCUGGUUUCUCUGACUGACUGUCCUGGCUUCUAAGAACUUUGCUUUACCCUGUGCUGGUGGGGGAAGAGAGCCCUCAAAGGCUGGUUUCUCUCUUCCUUCAUCUUCCCAGAAAUUCAUCCAUCCCUCAUCCUCUGAGUGAGUGACUCCCAAGUAUUUAUCCUUGGCCUGGUUCCCAAAGAACCAAAUCCUGUUGUGCGCUGUUAGUUUGCUCUGUUGGCACUAAAAACUGAAGUUCUCUCUAAUACCCAUUAAGCUGCCCAUCUCAGCUGCCCAUUUUAUUUGUCUCAGCUCCAAACUAUGUGGUCUUUUACCAUUUUUAUCUGUUAUAACAGACCUAUCCAUUAACAACAACAACAACAAAGUCUCCAGUAUAAUCUUUCCUUCCAUUUUCCUUGCUUUCCUGUUGCACCCCCACCACUUCACUUCUCUCCUGAAUUCCCAACCCGCCCAAGAGCCAUCCUAACUGGUCCUCCUGUCCAUCUUCUCUCAUGUACAGAUUGAUCUUUCCAAAAUCCUUGCCCUGAUCUAAAGCUUCUGUCUACCUCUCAUGGCUUAGAGAAUCUAGCUUUAUAGACUGUAGUGUUCAGGACUCUGCAGAUGGGCACUUUCUUGCCAGGUUUUCUCUGCAUCCUGCCCAGGCUCUUGUCAGGCCCAUCUAGGCCUCUGUGCCUUUUUGUUGUUGCUGUGCCCUCCAUUCCCUGGCUUCCGUGGUUGUUCUUCAGUCAGGGCACGCUCCUUUCUCUUCUUUCACUUGCCUCCCCAGAUGUUUCUUCAGGCCCCAGCUCAGGUUUUUCCAUGCACCUUCUUAACUCCUCCACCACGUGAUUGUUGGCUCUUUCCAUUCUAUUCUAAUAACUCUUAAUAAUGCCAAUCACAAAUUUUGUAACUCCAGCAAAAAAGAGCAGACUUAUCUGAUGUCUGUAUCUGGUCUCUCCUCCCCAAAACGAAGCUACUUGCAGGAGUGCCCUUGGCACCACCUGCAUAGCUGCCUAGUGUAGUGACAUCCCCUAGGUACUUCAGGAGUUCAGUGUCUUCUUGCAGAGACAUUUUCCUUGUUCAGGACGUCUGAAUGUGACUUACCUGACGUCUCAUACAGCUCUUCCUGGCUACUGGUUGCUGUCCCUUACUGAUAGACUUUGCUUGUAAGGAGGGUGAGCAGAAAGAAAGAUUGGUUUCAGGAACCAAGAGGGUUGGCACCAAGUGGAUGCGUAAGGAUUCUGUGGAGUCCGCAUAGUUCCAUUUUUUGAGCAUCCGAGAAGUAUCGUUUCUUGUGCUAAAAGAGUACAAUAGAAUUUAAGCUUCACUGUAGAAAUUACACUGAAGGAACUCUCUCACACCAGCGGAAAACUUUUCUCAGUAGUUGUCCUUUUGAAGAUAAACUAUUGAUAGCAUGUUUUUCUAGAGGUGGUGUGGAUGAGGGUGAGCUGGCUUGAGGCAUCUCUCAAGGUGGGGGCGGGGGGGGCGGGGAAGGGUAGGGGUGGGCAGGUAAGUCCCUGGAGCCACGAGAAGCACUGCUAUCUAGACAGCUAUGUCUUUCCUGCCCCAGCCUUUGGUUGAAAAUUGAUUUCUAGUAGGAGGAAUCUGUGUUGCAGUCAUGGAUGUCAGUAGAGGGGUUUCGUUUCUUGCUACAGAUUACUGAGUAGAAUUAUUUAAAGAUGCUCUUCUGGACUCUGGGGGAACGAAGGCCAGUCUAUCUAGAAAGGCUACAACAACUCGGAAAGACCUGACAAUGAGCUAUAUGUAUGCUGACGUUUCUUUUCCCAUAAUGGCUUUUAAUGAAACGUUUGGUGAUAGAAUUAUAAACCACUAGAAUUCCCCUGAUGGUGAUUCUCAUUUUUUUCUCUACUUCAUGUCAUCUAAAUCAAAAAAGGAAGCCUGCUUCUUGUUUUUACAAGGUAACUUGAUACAUAAUGCUGUUAUGUAUGUGUGAUGAAAGCUAGCACACUUCGCACAUGUUCUGAAUCACUUGAACGGGGAAGAGAGUAUCUUGUACACCAGACACCAGAUCCUGGCGUCCUUCCAGCUGUUUUCUGAAAAGUCUUGCUGAGAAGGUUGCCUUUGACAUUGCCUUGCUUAAGGAAGAAUCCUGGGAAGAGAUUUCCAGGUUCCAUUUAACUAUUCAUCCAGAGAAAGACUGAAUCUCAACUCACCUAGUUCCUCAAGACACCUGUGAAUUUCCUAAAUGUCCCAGUUGAGAAACUCCUCCGUAAUAGUGUUGGGUCUGAGCUGUGAAGCUACAAGCUGCCAACAAAAGCAGCCUCCUCACACUUAGAUACUCCUUUAAUUCAGAAGUUUCUCAUGUUAAAUAAAUGAUUGUUGAAGUUGUC